UAGACGGCAGCUCCACUCGUAAUUUGUGUCAUCCUUCAAUGGGUUAACGCAUCGUCUUUUUACAAAUUUCAUUAAAGUUCACGAAAAUACCCACCGUGGAGUUUUUUGAUUGUUUAAGCUGGUUGGAUAGUUAGCGCCCGCGCUAGCGAGACCGACACAGUAAAAAGACGGCAUUACAGCCGGUACGGAGGACGACGACGACAUCGAACUUCAGGAGCUACGCAAGGAGCUAAGCGGCUAAUCGGCGAGCUAAGUGGCUAACAACGGGGACGUGGACAGCCUUCACGCCAGCCUACACGCCAGCUUACCGCCUCAUCUGAUAUCGAUAUAUCAACAGACAUUGAACGACAUGGACAACUCAACUAAAGUGAGUGCAGCGGCGAGCUCCGUGUGCUCGAGCGCAUCACGGACAUCAUCUAGCUCAAAGGCUAGUUUAGCGGUGGCCAUGGCCAGAGCAAAAGCUGACGGUGCACAAGCUAGAGCAGCACACUCCAAGAGGGAAAUCGAGCUGAAAGUCGAGCAGGCACGUAUACAAGCUACUCUGGAUGCAUUAAAAGAAGAAAAAGAAAGGGAUGCUGCCAUAGCUGAAGCCAACACGUUAGAAGCUGGUUUAUUAGAACUUGAUGUUGAAGUGCCCAGCAGAGGCUCUGGUCCAGUGUCACAGGAAAUUAAAUCCCAGCGCACUGCUGAUUAUGUGGAAUGGCAAGCCGGCACAAGCACAGGUGAAUUACCUAUGAAAAUAAAUGACAUUGUUGCCCCUCAUCAAAGUAAGCCACAAAUAAACAAUGAUGAUGAUGUCAAUCCAACACUGCAUUCCCCAAGCAAAGGUUUUUCAAAAACACAACCAGCUGCCCCUGCCUACACUACUCCUCAUCACACAUCACAGGCUCCUGAGGAUCGUGGAUCAACACCACAACAGAACAUUUUUGAUUGUUCCCCACUUCCUGAGCAGAGAACGUCUUAUGGAUCCAGUUAUAAUCAGCCCCAAACAACUUUCGAUCUGGCUAAAUAUCUUGCACGCAGCAACCUAGUAACCUCAGGCCUCACCACAUAUGACGACCAACCAAUGAACUAUUGGGCGUGGAAAGCCUCCUUCCUGACUGCUAUUGCUGGGUUAGACCUAUCUGCUGGUGAAGAGCUCGACCUGCUAUUCAAGUAUCUGGGUAAAGAGUCAGCAGAACAUGCAAGAAGAAUCAAAGCAGUCAACAUCAGAAACCCAAAUGCUGGACUGUUAAUGGCAUGGGAGAGACUUGAGGAAAUAUACGGCUCACCAGAGGCUAUUGAACAAGCUCUCUUCAACAAGCUGGAAAACUUCCCAAAGUUUACAACAAGAGAACCACAGAGACUCAGAGAACUAGCAGAUAUGCUGUUAGAGCUGGAAGCCGCAAAGAGAGAUGGCUCCCUCCCAGGCCUGUCAUACUUGGACACCUCCAGGGGGGUAAAUCCAAUUAUUGAAAAGCUCCCACACAACAUUCAAGAAAAGUGGAUGUCUUUUGGAUCAAAGUACAAACGUGAUCAUCGUGUCAGUUUCCCACCUUUCUCUGUAUUGGUAGACUUUGUACGUACAGAAGCAAAAACUCGCACUGAUCCCAGCUUUAAUCUCUUCACUUCAGUCUCUAUGGAGAGAAAGAAUAAAUGGGACAGACCUGUGAAAAUGCCUGUAUCUGUGCACAAGACACAAGUUUCACCUCCAGAAAGAUCUGAGUUCAGAGAUGAGAAGAAAUCAGCAGACCCGGACAAACAUUGUCCCCUGCAUAACAAACCACAUCCUUUAAGGAAGUGCAGAGGCUUUAGAGAAAAGAGUCUAGAGGAACGCAAACAGAUUUUAAAGGAAAAAUAUAUAUGCUUCCGCUGCUGCUCAUCUACAGAUCAUCUCGCCAGGAACUGCUCAGCCGAAGUCAAAUGUUUGGAAUGUGGGAGCACCGGUCAUGUGACAGCGCUCCACCCAGGACCUCCUGUCUGGAAACCUAAGACGUCCCCUCCCUCUUCAGAGCAUGGCGGGGAGGAAGACAAAGCAGAUUUCCAGGAGGUCACAUCAAGGUGCACACAAGUGUGUGGUGAAGGGGUAAGCUCCAGAGCAUGCUCCAAGAUAUGCCUCGUAAGCGUGUAUCCAGCCGGACACAGAGGAGAGGCCAAGAAAAUGUAUGCAAUGCUGGAUGACCAAAGCAACCGCUCCUUAGCACGCUCCAAGUUCUUUGACCUUUUCAAAAUCUCAGGGUCCUCUUACCCCUACACAUUGAAAACAUGUGCUGGUCAAACAGAAACAACUGGCAGGAGAGCCUGUGGGUUCAUCGUUGAGUCAGCAGAUGAGAGACUAAGUUUGCCUCUACCCACACUUUUAGAGUGCAACCAAAUUCCUAAUAACCGCUCUGAGAUCCCUACCCCGACCGCAGCACGCCAUCAUACUCACCUGAAGCACAUCGCCGACGUGAUACCGUCCCUCGAUCCGGACGCUGACAUACUCCUCCUACUGGGCAGAGACAUUCUCAGGGUCCACAAGGUCCGGGAACAGAUAAGUGGUCCAGGAAACACUCCGUUCGCUCAAAGGCUGGACCUGGGAUGGGUUGUCGUCGGUGACGUGUGCCUUGCAGGAGCCCACAGACCAUCAGAGGUGAGCAGCUACAAGACGUCCAUUUUAGAUAAUGGUCGGGCCAGCCAUCUGCAGCCAUGCAACAGCCAAAUCAGGGUAAAAGAGAUCUUCAGUCAAGCACCUAAGCAUUCACAUCACGCUGCACUGACCCCCACAUACUGCUCAACGCCACAUCGUGAUGACAGCUUAGGACAAACGAUCUUCACUCGAACUGCUGAUGACCACAAACUCGCGCCAUCAGUGGAGGACAUGAUGUUUCUCCAGACCAUGGAAGCUGAGUUCCAUCAAGACAGCUCGAACAGCUGGGUGGGACCAUUACCCUUCAGGUCACCAAGAAAAAGACUGCCUAAUAAUAAAAAACAGGCACACAACCGCCUUGUGUCUCUGCGGCGCACACUCGAUAAACGGCCGCAGAUGAAGGCCCAUUUCAUAGAGUUUAUGGAAAACAUGCUCAGCAAAGGACACUCAGAAGUUGCUCCUCCUCUGAAACAAGGACAAGAGUGCUGGUAUCUACCCCUGUUUGGCGUAUAUCAUCCUAAGAAACCAGAUAAGAUCCGUGUGGUUUUCGAUUCCAGUGCAACAUAUGAAGGAGUUUCACUCAACGAGGUCCUGCUCACAGGCCCUGACCUCAAUAAUAGCCUGCUAGGUGUACUUAUGAGAUUCAGGAAAGAGCAGGUGGCCAUUACUGCUGACAUAGAACACAUGUUUCACUGCUUUGUCGUGAAGGAGGAUCAUAGAGACUUUCUCCGAUUCCUGUGGUACAGAAACAACGACGUCACCUGCGACAUAGUGGACUACAGGAUGCGUGUCCACCUCUUUGGGAACAGUCCCUCUCCUGCUGUGGCCAUCUACGGUCUAAGAAGAGCAGCCAAAGAAGCAGAGGCAGACUAUGGCAGUGACGCAAGAAGCCUUGUUGACCGUGAGUUUUAUGUUGAUGAUGCUCUAAAGUCAUUCGAUACUGAGGAAAAGGCCAUCAGUGUCCUCAGGCGAGCACAGAAAAUGCUUGCAGCAUCUAACCUCAGGUUGCACAAGAUUGCAUCAAAUCGCCCCAGGGUCAUCGAAGCAUUCCCACCUGAGGAUCGUUCCAAAGAUGUAGAGGGCCUGGACCUCUUUGCUGAUGAGCUCCCCACUCAACGUAGCCUUGGGCUGUCUUGGAACAUGCGCACAGAUGCUUUCACGUUUCAGAUCGCAGACGAUCAGAAGCCGUUCACUCGCAGAGGAGUAUUGUCUAUGGUAAACAGUCUUUACGACCCCCUUGGAUUCCUUGCACCUGUCUCAGUGCGUGGAAGGCUGAUACUCAGAGACCUAACCAUGCAAGCAGAAGGCUGGGACACGCCACUCCCCAAAGACAUGCAAAUGGACUGGAUCAGGUGGAGAGAGUCACUCCAAGAUUUACAGGAACUCCAGAUACCACGCCCCUAUGCAUCUUUUUCUACUGCAGGUGCAAAAUCGAAAGAGCUCUGUGUCUUCGCAGAUGCGUCAGUGAAAGCAAUUGCAGCUGUGGCCUACAUUAAGGUGACAAGCCAUGCAGGACAAACUGAGGUCGGCUUCGUCUUAGGGAAAACAAAGUUGGCUCCCCAGCCUGGACUUACAAUCCCGAGACUGGAACUAUGUGCAGCUGUACUCGCAGUGGAGAUCGCAGAGCUGAUAGUCGCUGAAAUGGAUGUAGCAUUCGACAACAUCACAUACUACACCGAUAGCAAGGUUGUGCUAGGAUACAUCCACAAUCAGUCAAGAAGGUUUUAUGUGUUUGUCCACAAUAGGACCCAACGCAUCCGUCAGUCACCAUGUCCUGGCCAAUGGAAGUACAUCCAUACGGACCUAAAUCCAGCGGAUGUCGGAUCAAGAUCUGUGCCACCAGCUCUCUUAAAAAGUACAUCAUGGCUCACAGGUCCAGCCUUCCUUAAGGACAUGUCCUCAAACCCAUCUAAGUCUGAAGAGAUUUACGACCUCAUCGAUCCUGCCCUUGACUUUGAGGUACGACCUGAAGUGACAACAAGCAUCACACAUGUAACCAAGCAUGUGUUGCACCCUCAACGCUUCAUACGCUUCUCAAAGUAUAGCAAUCUUGUAAUGGCAAUGGCACACUUGAUCCACAUAGCUCGCUCCUUCUCCCACUCUGCCAACAAUAAGUGUCAUGGGUGGCACAUCUGUCACCCAACGGAGGAAGAACUGACAAAGGCCAAAGUGUGCAUCUUGAGAAGCGUCCAAAACGAGUGGUAUGAAGAGGAGCUGAAAUGCAUAGCCUUAGGAUCCAACAUUCCGUCCUCCAGCAGCCUGUGGAAGCUGCACCCUGUCAUGGGUAACAACGGACUUCUGAGAGUAGGAGGUCGCAUAGGUCUCUCAAAUCUGAACAUAGAAGAAACUCAUCCCAUCAUCAUCCCUGCCCGGCACCAUCUGGCAACCCUGUUGGUCUAUCACUAUCACGAGGAAGUGAAACACCAGGGAAGGCAUCUCACCGAGGGUGCUAUACGAGCUGCGGGAUUGUGGUUGGUAGGAGCAAAACGCUGCAUCAGAAGCCUGCUCUUCAAAUGCGUCACUUGCAGGAAGUUAAGAGGAAAGACAGAGCAUCAACAGAUGUCCGACUUACCAGCGGAACGAUUGCAGGUAGCACCUCCCUUCACAUACAUCGGUGUUGAUGUCUUCGGACCAUGGGAGGUUGUCUCACGACGCACAAGAGGCGGACAUUCCAAUUCUAAAAGAUGGGCAGUAAUGUUCUCAUGCAUGUGUUCAAGGGCAGUGCACAUCGAAGUUAUUGAGGCAAUGAGUGCCAGCAGCUUCAUCAAUGCCUUAAGGAGAUUCUUCGCAGUCAGGGGCCCAGCGAAACAAAUACGGUCAGACUGUGGCACAAACUUUGUAGGCGCCUCUCGAGAGUUAGAGAUGAACACUACGAAUCCGAGCUUCAAAAAUGUGGAGAAGUACCUGAGUACGCAGAACUGCACCUGGGUGUUCAACCCUCCACAUGCGUCCCACAUGGGUGGCGUAUGGGAAAGGAUGAUCGGAAUCGCCCGUCGUAUUCUGGACUGCAUGCUGCUUGAACACAAGAAGUGUCUGACUAGUGAAGUCCUGGUAACACUCAUGGCCGAGGUGGCAGCGAUCAUGAACGCAAGACCACUCAUCCCAGUGUCAUCAGAUCCAGAAUCACCUCUCAUCCUCACCCCAGCAAUGCUUCUCACCCUCAAACCAGUCUCUACACCACCUCCUCCAGGCGACUUUACAGGAGCGGACCUCUUUAAAGAGCAGUGGAAGCAAGUUCAAAACCUGGCUGACACCUUUUGGAGUAGGUGGAGACGAGAAUAUCUCAAGACCCUGCAGUUUCGUCACAAGUGGCAGUCGGAAAGGUCAAACCUUCAAGACGGGGACGUUGUUCUCUUGAAAGACAAUCAGGCUCGGAGAAACGAAUGGCCCAUGGCCAUCAUCACAAAGACUUUUCCAGGCAGGGAUGGACUAGUUCGGAGAGUAGAGGUUGAGGUCUUCAAGGACGGAACUAAAAAGACUUUUUCUCGUCCCGUUACAGAAGUGGUCCUGCUUCUGUCUCCAAAAACGGACUCUUGUUAAGUGAUAUGGGAUCUUUAAAGACCCCAGACGGGGAGUGUUCUGCCCCUCAAAUGCCAUGCUAUGUUUAGUUUUGCAACAGCGCCCCCUUGGGGAAGUUCAGCCAUACAAU